AGCAUUUUAUGCCUAGCCGAUUGCAGAAAUGGACGACGACGAAGAAGUAGAUAUCGAAAUUACAGUCUCCAACUUAAACACCUGUUGUAUUACUUGUUUGAUGCCCUACGAUGACAACGAUUACGAGGAACUCGCCCACGGUUACCUGCCAUCGGAUAAAAGCGUUCCAGUUGUUGAAGCACUCACAAAAGUGACCAACAUCGUUUCUUCGAACGAAAGCUUACCCACUAGAAUAUGUGGCCCCUGCUUAGAAAGGUUGGACAGUGCCUACUGCUUCAUCCGAGACGCUUGCGCCAGCCGCGUAAUACUGCAAGACUAUCUGCGCACCAAGGACGACGGUUACCGGUUAGAGCAAGGCCAGCAGCCGGAAGAUGCAGACACUUUUAAUGCACAAGAUGAAGCAGAGGUCCCUGGCGAUGGAGCACAAACAGAACAUCCAAACGAUGACGGUGGUAGUGAUGCAGGUUCCGAUGACGAUAGUACAGCGGAUGAGAUAAAUGCUGUCAAUAUCAUCCGACGGAGAUUGAAAACGGAAACGAGCCGACCACGGACUACGGAAAAGGGGGAUCGCCAGCCAAACGCAAGACCCAGAACAAGGUACAAGUGUGACGAGUGUAAUUAUACUUUCACACGAAGCUCCAACUUAGUGGAUCACAAACGUCUUCAUAUGAAUGUGAAACUGUUUUCUUGCGAAUACUGCGAUAAAUCCUUCGUUCAAGUCGGUAAUUUGAAGACCCACAUGCGAACGCACACGUUGGAAAAGCCGUACGUCUGCCCGAUAUGCGACAAAGCGUACACGCAAUCGAGCACACUCAAAACGCAUAUGAAUUCACACAUUAACAACAAACCUCACGCAUGCGACACGUGCGAGAAGGCGUUCACAAACAGCUCCGAUCUGACCAAGCACAAGGCGACUCACCGUAAGGAGAAACCGUACGUGUGUAUGAUCUGUGAGAAUCGCUUUUUCACUCAAAAAGUACACUUGCGGUCCCACCUAUUAAGGAUGCAUCCGAGGGUUGACUUAGCCAAAUAUUUGUCACUUGGUACAGUAGAGAUCCCGCUGGGGAACACCGGGUAAAUGAAUAAACAAUGUUUGUUUCUCUCUAUAUGAUUAAUCCUUAGAAUUCGGAGGGAUUCAAGAAGU